UUGACCUCCUCAUCAGAAACCAGCCGGAAUUCGGUGGUCUUCGUAACCACCGCCGACACCGACAUUCUUACCGCCGAUCGUGCCCUGUCGGGGCUGCCUGAAGGCAUCCCUCAGGUUCGCGCUUACCAUCCGGUGGCGCUGGAAACUGAUGAUGCCCGUCGGGAAAUACUUGAGUCAGUCUCUGAGGCUGGCGUGGUCGUUCUUCGUCUAUUGGGCGGGAAGCGGGCCAUGCCCGAAACAUUCGAUUCGUUGGUGAGCCUGUGCCGCGAACGGGCAAUUCCUCUUAUUGCCUGCCCUGGUCACCAGGAAUGGGAUGAAGACCUGGUUACCGCUUGUUCGGUUCCGGUGGCGGAACUGGAAACGGUCUUCUCCUACUUGAUGAGGGGCGGAAUCGACAACUUCCGCAACCUGUUCCUUUUUCUUAGUGAUACUUACUUUGGCAGCGAGUUCGGCCACGAAGCGCCGGAGCCCGUGCCUUGGGAAGGAAUAUAUCAUCCCGACGCAGACCCUUCGGAAACCAUCGACGUGGAUAGCUAUGUUGCUGCCCGUUUCCAGUCCGGUCAGCCCAGCGUUGGCCUUCUCUUCUAUCGGGCCCACUGGAUGAGUGGCAAUCUCCAGUUCGUGGACGAUCUGAUUCGGUGCCUGGAAUCCAGGCAGGUAAACGUACUGCCGGUCUAUUCCUACAGCCUGAAACACAAUCCCGAAGAGGAUGGGCAGCGCAGCCGUACUUUGACUACCUUCAUGGCCGACUCCAGCGGAGGGGCCCGGGUGGACUGCAUUAUCAACACCAUGGGCCUGGCCAUGAGUGACCUCAGCCAGGAGGGCCCCACCAUUGCUACAGGUUGGUCGGUUGACCUGCUGGACGCGCUGGACAUUCCCAUAAUCCAGGGCAUCGUCAGCACCGGCUCCCGCCAGGAAUGGGAAGAAAGCUCUCUGGGCCUGGGGCCCAUAGACACGGCGAUGAACAUAGCUUUGCCGGAAUUUGAUGGUCGAAUCAUCACGGUUCCCAUAUCCUUUAAGGAAGAGACUGCCGGCAGCAACGGCAGCGGGCUUACCGGAUCCAGGCUGCAACGGUAUGUAGCCGUUCCCGAUCGCAUGGAAGCGCUGGCCGGGUUGGCCGCUAAAUGGGCUGCACUGCGCCUCAAGCCCAACGCCGAAAAGCGCAUUGCUGUCAUCAUGAGCAACUACCCCACCAAGGAUGCCAGGAUUGGCAACGCGGUUGGGCUGGACACUCCCGCUUCGGUAGUCCACCUGCUGAACGCUUUCAAAGCUGCCGGGUACAUGGUAGAAGACAUACCAUCCGACGGGGACGAACUCGUGCACCGGCUUAUUGAGCGGUGCAGCAACGAUCGCGAUUCGUUGACCGAGGAACAGAUGCGUCUUGCGGCAGGUCACGUGGACCGACGGCAGUAUGCCCAGUGGUUCCAGGGUUUUCCUGCCAAGGUGCAGCAGCAAUUGCAGGAUGCCUGGGGCGACCCGCCUGGCAAUGUUUAUCGAACCGGUGAGUCCCUGGCCAUAGCUGGAUUGAAUUUGGGCAAUGUGUUCGUGGGACUCCAGCCUCCGCGGGGUUUCGGCGAAAAUCCUAUUUCCGUCUACCAUAGCCCGGAUCUGAUACCCACGCAUCAUUACAUUGCCUACUACAGGUGGAUACGGGACGUUUACAAGGCUGACGCCAUGGUCCACGUGGGCAAACACGGCACCCUUGAAUGGCUGCCCGGGAAGGGUAUCGGGCUCUCGGAGGCCUGCUAUCCCGAGGUGGCGCUUCAGGACUUGCCCCUCUUCUAUCCCUUUAUUAUCAACAAUCCCGGGGAAGGUACCCAAGCCAAGCGGCGCACCCACGCCACCAUAAUUGACCACCUAAUCCCUCCCAUGACCACCGCUGACAGCUACGGCGACAUUGCCAAGCUGGAACAGUUGAUGGACGAACACUAUCAGUGCCAGACCCUUGACCCGGCCAAGUUGCCCAUGCUGGAAGGACAAAUCUGGGAAAUGGUCCAACAGGCCGAACUGCACCGCGACCUGGGUGUGGAAGCUCAGCCCGACGAUUUUGGCGAAUUUAUGCUCGAAAUCGACGGCUACCUCUGCGAGAUCAAGGAUGUCCAGAUCAAGGAUGGCUUGCAUACCUUGGGACAGCCGCCUACCGAAGAACAACUGGUUGGUUUGCUCUGUGCCCUUACGCGACUUGAUAUAGGCGGCAUUCCCAGCCUGCGGCGGGCCCUGGCCGAGGCCCUGGGGCUGGACUACGCUGGAUUGCUGGAUGAUCCGGGCCGGGCGGUUAACGGAAAUACACCUGUAAAGUUAGUGGAACUGGACACCGAAACGCCGGUUCGAAGCGCUGGCGACGUUAUCGAGCGCCUCGAGAUGCUGUGCCGCAGCGCCUAUGAACAGUUACAGGAUGGGGGCUUCCUGAGCAAAGACGUUCCGGGAAUAAUCACUGGACUGUUGGGUGGCCCUGACACCGCCACCGAAAUGGUUCUUCGGUACGUUACCGACUUCAUUUACCCGGCCCUGAUGCGUACCUCUGAUGAGAUAGGGAACCUGAUCCGUGGAUUAGAUGGGCGGUUUGUUCCACCCGGGCCCAGCGGUGCGCCGACCCGCGGGAUGGCAAAUGUCCUCCCCACUGGGCGCAAUUUUUACUCCGUUGACCCCAAGACGUUGCCCUCACCCGUGGCUUGGGAAGUGGGCAAGGACUUGGGCGAUGCGUUGCUUGAGAAGUACCUCACGGAAGAGGGCAGCUAUCCCGAGAUGGUUGGCGUGGUGGUUUGGGGUACAUCGGCCAUGCGCACCCACGGUGACGAUAUUGCCCAGAUAAUGUAUCUGUUGGGUGUCCGCCCGGUAUGGCAGGCAGAGAGCCGCCGGGUCUCCGGUAUCGAGCUUAUUCCACUGGAGGAACUAGGUCGCCCCCGAAUAGACGUAACGAUCCGUAUCAGCGGCUUUUUCCGCGAUGCCUUCCCCAACUUGAUCUUUCUUCUUGAUCAAUCGGUGGAGUUGGUGGCCUCCCUGGAUGAGCCUACGGACCAGAACUACGUGGUAAAGCACCUUCAGGAAGACCUGGCGCAACGAAGUGAGAACCUUGGAGAGGGUCAAGACGCCGAGGGUACAACCGAGCGGUCUGCUUCGCUUUACCGCAUCUUCGGCAGCAAACCGGGUACUUACGGCGCGGGAAUACUGGGAGUUAUUGACGAACGCAAUUGGGAAACGGUUCAGGAUCUGGCAGAGGUCUAUACCGCAUGGGGUGGGUAUGCAUAUACCCAGCAGGACUUCGGCGUCAGCGCCCGUCCCCAGUUUCGGCAGCGUUUCAGCCAGAUAGUGGUAGCCGCCAAGAACCAGGACAAUCGAGAGCACGACCUCUUCGACAGUGACGAUUACAUGCAGUACCACGGCGGCAUGAUCGCCACCGUUCGGGCCCUGACCGGCCGUAAUCCCCGCCAGUUCUUCGGCGACAGCUCCGACCCUUCGCGCUCCCGGGUUAGGGACUUGCAGGACGAGGCCAGGCGCGUGUUCCGCAGCCGGGUGGUCAACCCUAAGUGGAUGGAGUCCAUGAAGCGUCACGGCUACAAGGGGGCUUUCGAACUGGCUGCUACCGUCGAUUACAUGUUUGGGUACGAUGCCACCGCGCAGGUAAUUGAAGACUGGAUGUACGAGGACGUUACCGAGGAAUACAUCCUCAACGAGGAUAUGCAACAGUUCUUCCGGCAGAGCAAUCCCUGGGCUAUGCGAGGCAUCAUCGAGAGGCUGCUGGAAGCCAUCGAGCGAGGGAUGUGGGAAAACCCGCCGCCGGAGAUCUUGGACAAGUUGCGAGAGCUUUACCUGGAACUGGAAACCGACUUGGAAGCUAGACAAGAGGCUGGGCAAUCCCCAUAA